AUGGAUGAAGACUCAUUUAUGGAGCUAUUACAUUUAGUAACUCCACACAUAAAGAGACGAAACACAGUCAUGAGAGAUGCCAUUCCGCCAGCAGAAAGACUCUCCAUCACAUUAAGGUUUCUUGCAACAGGUGACACUUAUCAAUCUCUCGAGUACUUGUACAGAAUCCCAAAGCAGACUUUGUCUACUAUAAUUCCUGAAACAUGUACAGCCAUUUAUAAUGUUUUAAAGGAAAGAUAUUUGAAAGUACCAUCAACCCCAGAAGAAUGGGAACGUAUUGCAAAUGAUUUUGAAAUGAAAUGGAACUUUCCGAAUUGCAUAGGGGCAAUUGAUGGGAAGCACAUUACCAUAAGAAAUCCUGUGGGGAGCGGAUCCCGCUUUUAUAAUUACAAAGGGUUCUAUAGUAUAGUUUUAAUGGCUGUUGUUGAUGCCGAUUAUAAUUUUAUUUACAUAGAUAUUGGCUGCAAUGGAAGAAUUAGUGACGGGGGUAUUUUUGCGAGAUGCUCACUUCAUGAACGCCUAGAAAAUUCUACCAUGUCUCUACCACCACCAAAGCCACUGCCAGGACGUCGGAAUGAUAUACCGUAUAUUAUUGUUGGUGAUGAGGCUUUCCCCCUGAAACCCUAUUUACUGAAACCCUAUCCAUCACGACAACUUGAUGAUCCGGCCAAGCAAAUCUUUAACUAUAGACUCUCUAGAGCGCGUCGUAUUGUAGAAAAUGUGUUUGGUAUACUUUCGAACAGGUUUGCAAUUUUCCAGACACCUAUUGCACUAGAAAUUGAAAAAGUUGAAGGCAUUGUAUUAGCAGCAUGUGCACUUCAUAAUUUUUUAAGAGCAAAGUCCCAGGAUGUAUAUAUGCCCACAGGAAGUAUGGACUGUGAGGAUUUUGAAAAAAUCAGUAUUAUCCAAGGGGAUUGGCGUAGGGGUCCAACUCCCCAGGGUAAUUUCAUUGCUUUGUCAAGUCAAGGUGGAAACAGAACAAGUAUUGGGACAAGGGAAAUUCGUGACGAGUUUUGCGAUUAUUUCUUCACAAACGGACAAGUGACCUGGCAGUGGGAUAAGACAAAUUGA